AUGUUCUGGUGGCUCUACUAUGCAAAUAACCCAGCCAAAGAUUUCACAGAAUUACCUCUCAUCUUGUGGCUUCAGGGAGGUCCAGGAGCUUCAGGCUGUGGAUUUGGGAACUUUGAAGAGAUUGGUCCAUUAGACAAAGAAAUGAAACCACGAAAUACAACCUGGUUGCAGGCAGCCAGCAUCUUGUUUGUGGAUAAUCCUGUAGGCACUGGAUUCAGCUAUGUGGAUGAUUGUGGCUUGUUUGCCAAAAACCUUACGGCAGUAGUUUCUGAUAUGAUGGUAUUUCUUAGAGAAUUCUUCAUGUGUAGAACAGAAUUCCAGACCAUCCCAUUCUACAUAUUUUCUGAAUCUUAUGGAGGUAAAAUGGCUGCUGGCAUUGCUUUAGAGCUGCAUGAGGCUGUUCAGAAAGGGACCAUAAAGUCAAAUUUUAUGGGGACUGCUCUUGGAGACUCAUGGAUUUCUCCUUUGGACUCUGUGCUGUCUUGGGGGCCCUACCUUUACAGCACUUCUUUCCUUGACGAUAAAGGUCUAGCAGAGGUGACUGCUGUUGCGAAAGAAAUAAUGGAUGCAAUAAAUAAAAAGCAAUAUGGGCUUGCCACUGAGCUCUGGGGCAAGGCUGAAGAUGUCAUUGAAGAGAACACAGACAAUGUGAACUUUUAUAACAUCAUGACUAAGGAGGUUCCAGAAAUGAAAUCAAAUGAACAAGAAAAUCUCCAUCUCAUAAGACUUUACCAACGCCACGUCAAAAAUAGGCAUAAGGACAGCCUAAAUCAAUUGAUGAACGGACCCAUCAGAAAGAAGCUAAAAAUUAUUCCUGACUCUGUGAAAUGGGGAGGUCAGUCCAGAGAUGUCUUUGAGAACAUGGCUGAGGACUUCAUGAAACCUGUAAUUGAUAUUGUUGAUCAGCUUUUGGCAGCCAACGUCAAUGUUACAGUCUAUAAUGGGCAGCUAGAUCUUAUUGUUGACACCAUGGGCCAGGAGGCGUGGAUCCGGAAACUGAAAUGGCCUAAUUUGUACCAGUUCAGCCAGCAAAGGUGGAAGGCACUCUAUGUGUCUCCAGAAUCCACUGAGACAGCUGCUUUCCACAAGGCCUAUGAGAACUUUGCUUUCUUCUGGAUUCUUAAGGCUGGGCAUAUGGUACCUUCUGAUCAAGGAGAGAUGGCACUGAAAAUGGUCAGGAUGGUGACCCAGCAGCAGCACUAGGGAAGGGGAGGCCAGCUGGUAUGGCUCCCUGCUGAAUGUCAGUGCUCAAGCAGAAUGCAAGUCCAGAAUAAUAACCCGCAGGAGGAACAGUGGCUAUUUGGACACAUAGCCUCUCUGAUCUUGCUGAUAAAUGUGGACAAUCACUUAUGGAAAGACAUUUUUUUCCUUGAGUGAUUUGUUGCUUUUGAAUUUGUAAGCUGUGAUUUGCUGCCUUAACACUGUUCAUAAUGACUCUUCCAGAGGGAAGU